ACAUUUUGUUCCUCCAUGUGUUUUACAGCAUAUGGGGCAAUGACAAUAAAGUAUAACUUGAACUAACGAUGCUGGAGGAACUCAGCAAGGCCAGGCAGCAUCCGUGGAGAAAAGCAGGGGGUCAACGUUUCGGUUCAGGACUGAAGAUAGGAAAAGGGGAAGCCCGAAAAAGAGGAGGGAAAGGCAGAGCAGUGAUAGGUGGACAAAAGAGGGGAGGUUGGCUGCAGUGCAACGGGUAAACCACCACCCUGUAUUUAAAGCAAGGUGUGUGGGGUUUGUGCCUCUCAUGGAGAUUCUCAAGUGCCUCCACGUGAAGGCACGUGGUGAGGUGUAUCCGUGCUCUGAGAUCCGCCGUUUCCUUGUCCCUGAUGAUAAAGUGGACUGGGAGGUUCCAUGGACCAAUUACAACCCAGUCGACUACACUGCCCCCGCACUGUUGAAGCAACCACCCUGGGCAGACCCACCUUACAGAGAUGAAGGAGAGUUGAAUAAGCUGCUGAAAUUUAAUCAAUUGGAUGGUGACGUAGAUCGAAGAUCCUAUACAGGAAAAUAUCAAGUGAUAAAUGGAUUCCCAAGGAAUCCUUGUGGACGGACUGGAUUGAAAGGGCGAGGACUCCUGGGAAGAUGGGGUCCGAAUCAUGCAGCAGACCCCAUUGUCACAAGGUGGAAGAAGGAGGGUGGAAAAAGAGUGACUCACAAUUGCUCUGGGAAGCCAGUCCUACAAUUUGUGGCAAUUUGCAGAAGAGACAACAAGGAGUGGGCAAUUCCAGGGGGAAUGGUAGACCCUGGCGAGAAGGUGUCAGCCACACUCAGGAGAGAGUUUGGAGAAGAAACAUUGGACUCCUUAAGUCUACCAGAAGCCGAGAGGCAGAAAGUGAAAGAGUUAAUCAGCUCCCUUUUUCAGGCUGGAGAGAUGGUAUACAAAGGAUACGUUGACGAUCCUCGGAACACUGACAAUGCUUGGAUGGAAACUGUGGCCAUGAAUUUCCAUGAUGAGACAGGUGACAGUGUGGGAAAGCUCAACCUUCAAGCCGGGGACGAUGCUGGUGCGGUAAAGUGGAUGGAUAUCGAGGAGCAGCAGAAACUGUACGCCAGCCACACGCACUUUCUUCAUCAAGUAGCAAAGGCAAAGAAUGCUCACUGGUAACCCUGGACGCUGAACGCUUCCUACCCUGAGACAGCCAGCAACGGCAGAGCACGCUAAAGCAGCUGUAUGUGAAGUCAAAGGUUGUAACUUUGUUUUCCUUUCCCAACUCCAACGCAAUCAAGAUCACUACAGCAACAGGAGAAGGAGCCCCUUUAAGAGGCAUUGAAAGAGAAGUUUUAAUCCUGCUGUUUAGGUUGAACAUUGGUUGGAGCCUUGGUUUUAGAUUUUGUAUUCUUGUGUGACACAGAUCGUUCUUCAUUUCUCUUCCUCUUGUUGGCAUUAAUCACACUCACUAUCCAUCCACAUCUCCCAGUCCAGCACGCUUCUCCUGCAAUCCAGAGGACAAAGCAGGAAGCUCGAGCCUAGCCCACUGUACACAGCCCAUCGGUGCCUGUUGCAAGGUGUGUGAGAGUGACUCUGGAUCCUCCAGCAGAUUGUUCCCAUUUCCUUGACUGGUAUCCACAUGCCCUGCAGGAGCAUCAGGACGAAAUCAGUUAUUCAAACUGGAGAUCGAAAGCAUAUACCUGCACCUCAUUGCUGAGCUUCAAAAUGCACUACAAACGUCUGGCUUCAAUCUGAAUACAAAUUUUGACCAUUAAAAUUCUUGUUUUCCCCAACAGUGUGAUCUCCUUGGGAAGAACCGGAGGUUUGGUUCUGUGGUUCCUAAAGUUCUUGAGUUUUCUGAGGCUCAGGCCUGGGUUUGUGGAGGACCAGUUGAUAGAGAUUGCUGACUGCACGAUUGUUGUUGUAUAGUGUCCCUGUCGGGGCAGCAGUAGUUCUCCCUGCGACUGUGUGGGUUUCCUCCCACAUCCCAAAGAAAAUAACGGUUAAUAAAUUGAUGCCCAUGUGUAGGUGAGUGGUAGAAUCUGCAGGGUGUUGGUGGGAAUGUAGGAAAAUAAAAUGGGAUUCGUGCACAUUGACGAUUGGUUUGGACCCAGUGGGCUGGAACGGCUGUUCUGUGCUGUGUGACUAACUGGGAGGAGUGAAGCUCUUUGCCUGGAUGUUCCCAUGUUGCCCAGGUGCCGCUCUCCCAGUUGGGUAGUUCCGUUUUCCAGCAUUAGAUGGUAGUGCGAUCAUACAGGUCAGGGGCUCUCUGUGGGGUAAAAAUGGGGGUGGUCGGAGGAGAAAUAAGUGAGCUUUGUGGCCUGGGUUAAAUGUGCAGACUGUCUCAGCCCUGACAGCGGUCAAAACUCCACUCAUGCUGGCUUGCUACAGCCAGUGAAGCUUUAUUUCUUGUCCACACUCACCAAUCCUGAUGCAGGGUUUCAACCCAAAACAUUGACAAUUCCUUUCCCCCCCCCCACGGAUGCUGCUCGACCCACUGAGUUCCUCCAGCAGAUUGCUUGUUGCUCCAGAUUCCAGCACCUGCAGUGUUGGGUGUGUCUCUAAGCAUAAUGUCUUACUUUAAACGCUUCAAAAAUCCCACUUUGCGUUUGUAUCGUUGAGAACCUCCUGCUGACGUUUCACUACCCCGGCAAAGGGUGUGCGGUGCUGUCCUGGCAGCUUCCUAGGAGUUGCUCAGGACGAACAGGUGAUGAUGUCUGAUGAUGUCCCAUUUCCUAUCCUGACCCUCUUCAUCAUUUAAAAAAGUUUAAGCAACCUAAAUUUAGUCAGACAGAUGAGAGAGGAUCGAAGACCUCAGAACACUUGCACUGUGGCUACUGGAUCCGCACAGAAUAGAAUCACCAGCUCCAGUUGGAGGCCUCAUCACAUGACCUGCUGCACUGAAUCACCCAAGGAUUCAGGGGAUGUCUGCUGUAACCAGUGCUGGGGGCAGCACCUUGCCAAGUCCCGGGCUCCAGACAACUGUGUGGUUGAGCAUGAUACACAAGCUCCGAGGAAUUAAACCUGGUUUUAUCAUAGAUAAUCAGUCACUGUGGUGCCUUGAAAUAAUGAGAAAUCGUGAGUUUGUCUUGCAUGGACUGAAGUACAAACUCUCUCCCAAACUGUUGUGUUCCUUCAUUUUCUGUCAUUCAUUAAAUAGUUAAACAUA